AAUUGAAAAUUCCUAGAGUCCCUAGCCAAGGACCCUAAAAGGCUAGGGACUAGCUAGGGACUCCAAACAUCACGUCGCGAGCGCACGCUCGCGGGUACCACUUUUCUGCCCCUACGUUUCCCGCCAACAUGGCAAAUAUGUCGGCGCUCGUGUCGUUUCCCGCCAAGUCCCCGCGGCAACAACCUCGUUACGGCGCACGCAACACGAAGUUUUUGUAUGGCGGUGUAAAGAGUGUUUUCUCCGCGGAAUCUCGUCUGAUUUUCUCGUCUGGCUGGACUACGGCGCGGAAGAGGAUGGGGCAGUCGGACGAUACUGAGGACUCGAUGUACAAUCGACACCAGGAUCUAUGCCAGAAGCUGAAUAUGGACGCGUCCGCCGCGUCCGAGGCCUGGAGAUCCUACGAGACUAUUCGGCAGAACUACACCCUCGAGGGUGACCAGCUACACUGGUUAGGAUGUGCAGUGUACGUUGCUUGUAGAAAAUUCUCUAUACCUACGGUAGGGAGACCAGGCACCAAUGUGGAGGGCAAUUGCGUGUCGCUGACUCGUCUCUUACAACUGUGUAAUCUCCCGCUCAUAGAAUUCUUUACAAAGAGCAAAUCAUGGGCAGAUAUGGCCAAUAUGCCACAGGACUUUCGAGCGAGGAUAGAAAAGCUAGAGGCUAAUUUUUCAGUGUCUAUGGUCAUAUUUAAGAAGUAUCAGCCGAUAUUUGCUGAUAUAUUCAAAGAUCCACGAGAGGACACUUCGAGACCGCAUAGAUCCAGAAGGCACAAAGCGGUGCCUUGUACACCUAGCAGGGUCUUUGAAUUCUGCUGGACGCUCUUUAUAUGCAUAAAAGGUGCAAUUCACGAUAUCUCGGACGACCUUGUCAACUCCUAUCACCUCUUACUGGUUUGCUGCGAUCUUAUGUACAACAAUGCUCUAUUAGCCAACAGAAAAGACUUGCUGAAUCCUAAUUUUCUUGGCUUACCAGCGAAUUUUAACGAGGAUAACUACACUACGCCGCAAACAGCAAAUUGCAUUGUUAACUUGCUGUGCGAACGUUACGAUGCAAUUGCUGUUGAGGCUAAAGCCAUAAAGGAGUACUAUGUUAAAAGUUACAUUAACAAACUGUUUAAUGAAAGAGUCUUACGCGGUGAUCAGUCAAAUUUCUCUGGUAUGCUAGAGGCAUUGAAUUUUGAUGGUAACAACAAGGCCAUUAACAAGUCUUACGAACAGCGUAUGCUAAGUGUUGGAGACUUUGAUGAAAGAAUUUUUUUAGCGGAAUGGAGGAGAGUAAUUUUGAGCAAUAUAUCAAAUUCAAAUAUAAUUGACCAAAAUGGUGCUAGGCAUGUCCAGUUUACUAAACGUGACGUUUUACAAGGUCAUGACGCCAAUGAAAAUAUCGGUUCCCCUGCGCAAAUGAUGAACCUCGAUGAUUUUCAUGAACGAUUGCAAAUGAAGAGGGAACAGCAUGCUGGGAUACAAUGGUUGGCACCUCCCACGCCAUUGACCGGACGUAAAUAUCUUCGAUCGAAGGACAUAUCUAAUAUAAUAACACCGGUGACUACGGCAACUCAAAGCGUCAUUAAGUUACAGGCUUUGAUAGCUGGACAAUGCGGAUCUGCUCCGAGCGAAAGCCUGUUACAGAUGCUGAGCAACUGUUCUCAAGACGUUAAAUCCUCACUCGAGGCAAAAGUUAAACAGAUUGAUGAACAAUUUUGUGCAAACUAUAAUAAUAACGCAAACGCGAACGACGGUUCAGCAUCUGACUUUGGAAAGAGGCGUUUUCACAUGGGACAGACUCUGUUUUACAAGCUUUUAGAAAUGAUCCUAAACGACGAGAAACGCAAAAAGCCGAAUGACGACAUAACUAAUCUUCUCUUGAAUGAAGUCUUUAUCCAAUGCCUUUUUGCCUGCUGUCUCGAAAUAGUUAUAUAUUCGUACAAAAGCAACGACAAGGUGUUCCCUUGGAUACUGAAGGCUCUGAAUCUGGACGCUUACUAUUUUUAUAAGGUCAUAGAAAUUAUAGUGAGAGCCGAGGAUCAAUUGUCGCGGGAUGUUGUGAAGCACUUGAAUCAGAUCGAGGAAAAGAUUUUGGAGUCCCUGGCUUGGCAAAGUGAUAGUCCUUUGUGGCAAACCAUCGAGUCUUUGCCGGGAGGUGUGCCGAGCUGCGAGGACGUUUCUUUGCCUGGCACUUUAGAAACCGAUCCAAACGCGCCAGGUCAACCUGUGUUAAGACGGAUUACUUUAGAUCGGGAACGUUCCCACGACGUUCAACAAAGCCCGAUCUCGUCCGCUUCGGAAAGAUUUCAGUCUCCUGUCACAGCAUCUGUAGGUGUAGCAAAGAAGCGAUUAUUUUCCGAGACCAGAAUCACCGGUCAAAGUGUUCUUCGUGUCGGACAGAGUGUGUUGACCUCGAAUAGAAUGUUAUUUGACAAUGGUCAAAGGAUACUCUUGUUGCCCGAUCAAAUUGUUUCUAGAGCGUCGGGCUCGGGCGCGCAAGCGUCAACAAGCAAUUCCGCGCAAGCGACGAACCGAGACGCGGCUAGACCGAGAAGAACGGGCUCCGUCGCGCUGUUCUUCCGAAAGUUCUACAAUCUUGCGUGCGUACGCAUGCAGGACUUGUGCAAUUCAUUGGAGAUAUCGGACAACGAUAAGAAAAAGAUCUGGACGAUUUUCGAAUACUCCAUCAAGGAACGUACCAAGUUGAUGAAAGACCGGCAUCUCGAUCAGAUUUUAAUGUGUGCAAUUUAUGUAAUAUGUAAACUGGUUAGGAUAGAGAGAAACUCAUUCACCGAGAUCAUGCGGUGUUACCGUCUACAGCCGCAGGCCGAAUCGCAUAUAUACAGAUCGGUGCUGAUUGAAAAAGUUUCCAACGACGGAGAUCCGGCAACGAGCGGUAACGAAAGAUCGGAAGAGAGGAACACUGUAGGAGGAGAGAACGCGACUCCGCCGACACCAACGAAUAUGGCCGGAACCUCGCAGAACUUCGACGGGGAGAUACGCGGCGAUCUAAUCAAAUUCUACAACACGAUGUACGUUCCGCAAGUCAAUGAAUUCGCGAAAAAAUUCGGACCGGCUCGCGGUAGCGUCAUGAAUCUCUCGCUGAGUCCUUUGCCAAAAGGAAAGGCACUUGCUAAUUCUCCAGUGAGGCGUGUCACCAGUAGUAUUAUGACACGCACUCUAGAUCCGAAGGCUAUAAGUGCGUCACCGGCACCGCAAUUAAGCUAUUGCUUCAGUCGUAGCCCUGCCAAGGAUUUAGAGGCUAUCAACAAGAUGAUGAUAUCUGUGGACGCAAAAAAGAGUGUGGGCAAGCGAUUACUUUCCGAUGACACGGAUGUAGAAAUGACAGAAAGUUCACCUCCUAAAAAAACUGCAACUUUUGUUUCACGGAAAUUGGAAAAUAUCAUUGGAGAACGACGAACGCAAAAUCAAUAAGCGGAAUGACAACGUAAAUAGUUUACGGGAACGUGGAGUAUGUUUGAUCUGCUUUUUAUUUGCAUAUAUAAAUUGAUUUGCAAGGAGCGAAGAAACCUAUACGAGACAGAUGAAAGCCAAUCUCUUGGCUGUCUAGCAUAAAUGUGAGACGUUUGUUUCUCAGGUAUAGUCAUUCUAGCAAAUUGGAAGGGCCCAAUAAAGUGCUGCUUGCAUUACAUAAGGAUGUUGUAAUGUUGUUUAUAAUUUUAUUUAAUGUGAAGUCAGAAUUCAAUUUCCAGUAUUUUCUCGUUGACUUUUAUUCCAUCAAAGUAGACUAUUUUUUUCUUUGUUAAUUUAUAAUUUACCAAAUCAAACAAUGUCUUUCAAGCCGUAUAAAUUGCAAGUCGUGUAAUGUGGAUUAUAACUGACGAAACACGCAUUUUACACUCCGUGCAUUAUGUUAUUGUUAACAUCAAAACUUUUUAAAAUCGAUUAAAAAACUCAAAUAUUAUGAAUUUUUAAUAUGUCUGUUACUCUGAUCAUCAUUGUUUCGUAAAAUUAUAUAAUAGAAACGCAUGUACAUCCAUAUAUUAUAGUGAUAGUUAGUUUUGUGAUAAAAAUAUUGGGGAUUUUGUAGAAACAUUAACUAAUGAUACUAUAAAAUCAUCAGAAAUCUUAGAAUUUAGAAUUAUUGAAUUAAUCAUUUUCGCACAGCACACGUAACAUAGAUUUAAAUAGAAAAUUAUUAAUUAAAUAGGAAAUUGCAAAAAAAAUAUGGUAGUAUAUUAUCGUGACAAUAAAUUGUAAUUCACACUACGAUAUAUGAAGUGGUCUGCCACCAACGAAAAAUAUUUUAAUGAUAGAUUCUUGGACAAAACUCUGAAACUAAAUCUUUUCGAACAAAAAUUCGUUUAUUUUUUAUCGUAAUUAUUUACUUUUCAACAUCAUCUAUCGGGUUAACAAAUA